AAUGGACUUAAUGGUGGAUAAUUGGGAGAUCUCUCUAAAAUCAAGAAACCUCUUAAUGAAAUCAGAAUGAGUGAUUUCUUUCUUGAUAAUGUGACAGGUGAUUUAUACAGUUUUAAUUAUGAUACUGAAGAAUGGGUCAGUAAGGGAAAUGCUGGGUUACACAGUAGAAGGGCUGCGGAAGAAUUUAAAACAAUUGGCAAGUAUAUUGUUAAGGCUCCACAAUACAAGGUUUCAAGAAUGAAAGAAAUCGAUUAACUUUAUGUUUCUAAAGAAAAUGAGAUCGUUUGCUCUUUGAGAAAGAACUCUAUGCAUAAUUACUUAUUUAAUGGUUUGCCUUUUGAAUUUGUAGUCCCAUUUAAGAAUUCGUGGGAUGUUCAUCCGUUUAAUUUUGUGAACCCAAAGAAGACAUUCCAAACUUUGGCAGAUUGUGAAAAAGGUUCAUCUUCUUUAUUUAUCAAUAGGACCUCUCAUAAUUUAAGUCACAGAUAAUAUAGUAGCUACUCAGUUUCCCAUACGCUCUAAGUACAAGGAAACAGUUCAAAUUCUGCGUAAUUUUAUGGGAUAUUAACUAAGUAUAUUAAUAGUAUAUCUAGCCAAAUUAUGUUCUGGAAGGGCUUAAACGAUUCCGAUUGAAAUUGCUUCGAUUAAAUAGAAUGACAAUGCUAUGGAUAUUUAUUUAGAACAUUUAGGCCGUAGUAAAUAUAAUAACUAAAAGACGAUCAAAUUUAAUGUUAUUACAGAAUUUCAUCAUGCAGGAUUUGCUGCUAAGAAAUCUAAUCAAUUAGAUGUAGUAGUAAAUAAUGCUAUUGGAAAAAAGAAAUUUAAGUAAACAGUUUAAAAAUUGAAUCCAAAAGAAUUAGACAGAUUAUUAGAUUAAGUAAAUCACUAAAUUAUUUUUGAUAGAAUUCUUCACUUUCCAAUCAACCUUUUUAAGCUGAUCAAGAUCGUUUGCCAAGCACAUAUAGUGCAUAGCCACAAAAUAAUUUUGAAGAAUAAACUCUAAAUUUCAAUAAAACAGGUGCCGAGAUUAUUUAAUUUCUCCAUCCAACAAUUGAUAAAAGCAUUUUUCCUGAUGCAAGACCUCUUUGGGUUCCUGGCUAUUUGUCUCAAAGUCGAUUACAUAAAAGAUAACUGAAAUAAACCCAGAAUACAAUUAGUGAAGAGGGUUAAUCGACUCCUUUCUUAACAGAGCAAAAGUAGAUUACUACUCCCAGGAUACCAAGGACUCCGUCAUAGCCUCAUUUUAGAGUGAUUUAAAAAGAUAAAUGGAUAACAAAUAAGAAUUUUAAAGUUUGA